UCGGAGUGCAGCAAUGAGAAAUUCAAGCUCAUGAAUAAAGGUCAGAAAGCUCGACAUAUUCCUGGCGGGCGUCCGCCGCCCGCACUGGUUCCCAGAAUCGACGAUUGUGGCCGCCACGAUAGAGGAUGCCCCACGUCGACGCAGAUCACAGAAGGGACCCAUACUUGGGUACCAGUGACAAUAGGUGAUACCAUAUUGCCGACGAGGAAGCGACCAGGAAGAGUGAAGAAGAAGGGCAAAGCAUGUUCGGAUUGCCGUGAAACCAAGCGCAAAUGCACGCAUGAUGGUUCCAAGCAGAAACCCUCCAGAGCCGAAAUGAUUGAUCCACCUUUUGGCAGUAGUCAUAGCUCAGUCGACAAUACUGCUUGCUCAUAUGAGAAUCAGGAUGCCCAUAACGAGCAAAACAUGGCGUCGACUAUCAAUAAGCAAGGCCUGCUUGUGGACUUUGGGUCUUGGGCUAUGGACAAGGCAGAAGAUGUGAUUCAAGACAGAUCUGAGCCAACAAGGUCCGGAGAACAGUCAUUGGAGGACACAUGGCUCCCGUUUCAUGGUUUAUUACCUUCGUCGACCACAGCCACAAGUGGACCACAUCUAGAUCCCAAACAGACGGACGAUACUCCGCAGACGAUUGGACCUUGGGAUGAUGAGCAAGCGUUCGACUUUCGGGACCUGGACACCCAGUGGCUAGGCAAUGCUUCGCUGUUCACUCAGCCCAGUAUGUCGCCGACAAACGCUUGGAGAUCCAACACUCCAUCCAGUCAAGCCAGCGAGCCGAUGCCUGGGAGCUGCUAUAGUGAGGCACCCACAAUGAAUUCCAUUGCUCAUGGUAUGUGGUGGUGCGGCUCAACUCAUGACUUUCUCGAAAUCUCCCAAGGUCCAUCCAGCCGACAUGCCAGUCAGGAUACUCCAGCCAUGCUCACAUCCCAACAAUGUCGGUCGUAUUUACCGCAAGAUGCCUCAUAUCCAUGGGACUACGAUGUUGGCGAAGCUUGGAACCUCUCCAAAUGGGACUCACGUGGCUCGGUAAGAUCUAAUCUACCGAACGUCGACUCCCUGAGCAUGUGCGAAGGCGCAAGAACUUCUGCUAGCACCUGCAUUAAUCGACCGCCAGCUGAGGUGGACAGCACGAGAGGAACGAAGGCUACGAAUGAAACCGGGCAGUUACACUCCCAAAAGUCUCUCGACAUGAGGUUCGAGAGACAGAUUCAUCCUGAUGGACCUCAACUCGGGCGUAAGAUGCAGCGAGAGCGCAAGUGGACAUGCGAUGCCUGCGGCAAGUCGUUCUUUUGGCCGAAAGAUCUCGCACGGCAUAAAGCGACUCAUCAGCAAGACUCCAAGCGAUACAAAUGUCCCUUCCCGGGCUGUGAAUUGAUAAAAGGCUUUGCACGCAAGGAUCAUCUUGAUCGACAUAAGAGAAGUCAUCAUCUCGAAUUUCUUGCGCAGGACAAAUCGAGGGUGGAAUCAUGAUGUGUUGACCCUCCGAAAAGGCAGCCUCGUAUCCACGACUUCUGCUGGGCAAAGGCUGUUUUCAAGGGCGGAAAUUGAGUUCGUUCAUGCACUGGCAGAUUUCCUGCGUUAGACAGCUAACUGCACAGAGGAGGAGCCCAAGACCAAACUUACUCUGGUCAAGUCUGUUCCUUUCCCGCCG